AUGUUCCCGAGCCUCUUUACGGCGCUGGCGGGGCUGCUGCUCCUGCCGCUGCUGGUCAACCUGGCGUGCCCGUAUUUCUUCCAGGACCUGAGCUUCUUCGUGCACCUGGUGCGCGUGGCGCAGCGGGCGCGCAGGUACGGCGCGCGGGUCCCGCCGCACACCGUGCUGGAGGUGUUCCGCCAGCGAGCCCGCCGGGCGCCGCGGAAGCCCAUGCUGCUCUUCGGGGACGAGGUCUACACCUACGAGCAGGUGGAGCGGCGCAGCAACCAGGCGGCGCGGGCGCUGCGCGAGCACGCGGGCGCGCGGCAGGGCGACGCGGUGGCCCUGGUGCUGGGCAACGCGCCCGCCUACGUGUGGCUGUGGCUGGGCUGCGCCAAGCUGGGCUGCGCCAUGGCCUGCCUCAACUGCAACGUCAGGGGCAGCUCCUUGGUGCGCUCGUUCCAGUGCAGCGGCGCCGGGGUGCUGCUGGCGGACCCAGAAUUAAAAAACGCCAUUGAAGAAAUAUUGCCCAUCCUGAAGGAAGAAAAUGUGGCAGUCUACUACUUAAGUAGGACAUCCGACACAGAGGGAGUAGACAGUUUUGUGGACAAAAUGGAUGCUGCUUCAGAUGAGCCCGUUCCCGAGUCUUGGAGAUCAAAUGUCACAGUUAAAAGUCCUGCCCUGUACAUUUAUACUUCUGGGACUACAGGUCUCCCGAAAGCUGCACUGAUUACCCAUGAACGCACGUUAUUAGCUUGUGGUCUGGCUAUGGCCAGUGGCAUUACCUCGGAGGACGUUAUCUAUACUGCCCUGCCACUGUAUCACAGUGCUGCCCUCUUGCUUGGGCUACAUGGCUGCAUCAUGCAAGGUGCUACUCUAGCAUUGCGUUCCAAAUUUUCUGCUUCCAAGUUUUGGGAUGACUGUAGAAAAUACAAUGUCACUGUCAUACAGUACAUUGGGGAAGUGCUUCGUUAUUUAUGCCAUAUGCCCAAGAAAGACAAUGAUCGGAAUCAUAGAGUAAGAAUUGCCUUGGGUAAUGGCUUAAGGGCUGACGUUUGGAGGGAAUUCAUCAGAAGGUUUGGAGACAUACGUAUUUUUGAGUUUUAUGCUUCAACUGAAGGCAAUGUUAGCUUUGUGAACUAUACUGGAAAAAUUGGAGCUGUGGGAAGAUUAAACUGCUUGCAAAAGAAAGUAAUGCGCUUCGAACUGAUUAAAUAUGAUGUAGAGAAAGAUGAACCUGUCCGAGAUGAGAAUGGCUACUGUAUAAAAGUUCCCAAAGGUGAAGUGGGGCUCUUGAUUUGCAAAAUCACACGGUUUGUUCCAUUUAGUGGAUAUGUGGGAGCAAAGAGCCAGACGGAAAAGAAAAAACUAAGAGAUGUCUUCCACAAAGGGGAUUUAUAUUUCAACAGUGGUGAUCUUUUAAUGAUUGACCAUGACAACUUUAUUUACUUCCAUGACCGAGUCGGAGACACAUUCCGAUGGAAAGGAGAAAAUGUGUCUACAACUGAAGUUGCAGAUAUUUUAGGACUUGUAGACUUUAUUCAGGAAGCCAACGUGUAUGGUGUAUCUGUGCCAGGUCAUGAAGGCAGGAUAGGAAUGGCAUCCAUUCGGCUAACAGACGGCAGUGAAUUUAAUGGGGAAAUACUCUAUAAGCAUGUUGCAGAUUACCUGCCAGUUUAUGCAAGGCCUCGGUUUGUGAGGAUUCAGGAUGCCAUUGAGAUCACAGGAACAUUUAAAUACCGUAAAGUGCAGCUAGUACAAGAAGGAUUCAGCCCAGCAGCUAUCAAAGACACCCUGUAUUUCCUGAAUGACAAAGGAAAGACAUAUAUACCUCUGACUGAGGACACCUAUAACUCAAUAUGUAGCAACAGCCUGAAACUAUAAUGCACCC